ACCCUGUAAUUUUUUUACUCCCUUCUUCUAAAACUCAUAUGUUCUUUUGACCUCCACGGUUACCAAGAUUGAUCGAACCCAUAAUCUUCCAUGCCUCAUCCAGUUGUUUUCUAAGGGUGAUUGAAGUGCGUAACUGGUACAACCCAAUGCUUCUUGUGUUCAAAUACACCCGUGCUCAUCGUUGACAAUAACACUAUUGCAGCUGCGAUUGGUGAUCUACGAUGUUGGUUGACGACAACGACAUAGUUCCAAUCAACUGUUGGUCACUAAAGAGCGAAUGGAGAUAGACAUGUAAUGGGUAUGUGGAAAACACAUCUUCAAUGGAUAAGCCUAGAAGGGUAUAGUUGGGUUUUUGAUAUCUCACUCCUCUUACCUUUUUGGUAUUGUAUUUCCUCCCCAUCCAUGAAAUCAAGUUUUUCCAUCCCUUUUCCUUUCCCUGAUAACUUUUCCAUCUAUUAUGACCACAAACAAACAAAGUGUUCAUCAAAGUUUGAUAUCCUAUUAAACUAGUUACUUAAUCUUAGCCGUUAGUUUUUUAAUCUAUCACCGUUGAAGUGAACUAUACUUUGUGUGUCUUGGUUUUGCUUCGCGACCUAAUCUCACAGCAGUUCUGUGAUCGACCCAGCCUCCGCGAGCCCCUCUCCCGUAGCGGCGGACAACCACCGUGCCUGAUUCUUCGCCGCCUCCACGCAUUAGUAGAUUUGUGCUGCCGCUUCGGUAAGAACCUUCAGUAUUCGCCAUGGCUACGAGAUUCGCGAUUCUCAGGGGCAAUGGGAGGAACCUUUUAGGGUUCAAUAGGUUGUUUCAUUCCGUGCCUCAAGCUCCUCCUUUAGUUGGGAGCAUUGACAUUGGAGUUCCGUCAUCGCAACCGGUUUUGCCUGAGUUUACUUCCCCGAGUUUCUCUUUUGGUGAUUCUAUGGAGCUCAUGGCUGUCCCCAAAAAGAAGAUUUCUAAGUCUAGAAGAGGAAUUAGAAAUGGACCAAAAGCUUUGAAACCUAUUCAUGUGCUUGUCCUGUGCAAGGGUUGUGGUCGUGUCCGGCUUCCACACUACUACUGCUGUAGUGGGAAACCAAACCACGAUCAUACUGGUGAGCAGAAUGGUCGAAACUGAUCCACCUCUUUGUCAUGGAGCACCAUAUGUUGGUUGAUGGCAGAGCCACCGUAUGUAGGUCUUGCUUAUGAUCAUUAGUUACUUCAUGGGAUUAGCCAUUUUCGUAGUAAUGCUUUAUUUCCAUCUUGUAUAAGCAAUCCGAUUGUAGGGUUGGAAGUUUUUGGCUUUAAAAGAUAAAUGCAAUGGUGAUGGGCAAAAUUUAUGAAUUUUGAAGAUGGUAUUUUGCUUCCGUUGCUUUACCAAUUGA